AAGUUACUUAUGUCAAUGCAUUCUAAACUUUCCGAAUUGAGUUCCGAAAUAUCGAAAUUUUCCCAGACAAAUCAACUUCUUAGAGCCGAGCUCGAUAGACAGAAGAAAGUGGAAGAUAAUAAAGAAACGGAAUUUCUGAGAGCCGAUGUUGAAUUUCUUAGAGGGACUAUUCAAUUCAUUAAAGCAGAACUGGAGCGACAAAGAAAAUAUGGAGACGAUAAGGAAUCUGAGUUGAAACAACAGAAGAAAAUUAUAGAGAAUAAGGAGUUAGAGACUCAGUCUCUACGGGUGGACAAUCAAUACCUUAGAACGGAACUGGAAAAACUGAAGAAUGAGGGAGUUGAUAAGGAUUCAAAAAUUCGGCAACUUAAAGCGGAGAUGGAACAACAAAAGCAAUGUAAAGUGGACAAUCAAUCUCUGCGAUCGGAAGUGGAACGACAAAAAAAGGUGAUGGAUGCACUUAUUUACCCGUACAAUUGUGCCGAAGUCAAAUCUAAUGGGAUCAACGAAAUACUCAUUCCCAAAUUUAGCAACCAAUCUUUUAAAGUUGCCUGCGAUCUGGAAACUCGAGGUGGAGGAUGGACAGUUAUCCUGAGGAGAAUGGAUGGAAGUGUCAACUUCUAUCGCAACUGGACCGAGUACAAAAAUGGAUUUGGAAAUCUGGAUGGAGAAUUCUUCUUGGGGUUGGAUAAAAUACACGCACUAACUGCAGACAGGAAACAGGAGCUACUUGUGAUUCUUGAGGAUUUCGAGGGGGAUAAAAGGCUGGAGUCGUAUGAUGACUUUGCCAUUGGCAACGAGGAUCAACAAUAUGUCCUACACACUCUGGGUAAAGCCAAUGGAACUGCAGGAGAUUCACUCGACUAUCAUCGUGGCAUGAAAUUUUCUACAGCUGAUCGGGAUAAUGAUGAAAAGUCAAAUGUAGACUGUGCCAAAGUCAGCACUGGUGCCUGGUGGUACAGAAAUUGUCAAAACAGCAAUUUGGCCGGGAAGUAUAAUGACAACACUAAUCAUAAGGGCGUCAUUUGGUACCAUUUCCGAGGUCACGAGUACUCCCUUAAAACAGCUGUGAUGUUGAUUAGGCCGAGAAAGUGAAGACGGAUCCACUAACUAAUGUAUCCCAAACUGUUUCAAUAAUUUAUUUUCAUGUCUUGUAAUAUCCAUUUAUCUACUCUUUUAUAUGCAUAUUUGAAGAGAAUAAAAAUAAAAGUAAUUGA